CCUGGGGGGACACACGCCACCCCCCCCAACCGGGGGCCGUCCACCGCUCCAUGUAUUUGCUGUUCUGCCUGGCCUUAUCGCAAGGCAAACAGCGGCAGGCAGGGCACGCUCUGCCCGAUCGAAGCGUCUCCUGAUCCCUCCCCUUUCAUCUCCCCCCUCUUCCCUGGCCACUGCCGCUGGGAGACCCUGGCCGAGGGGCAAAGGCCGGGGCUGGCUGGGGAGGUGGCGGUGAGCGGUGCCGGGGCUGUGCCAGGGCUGUGCCGGGGCUGUGCCAGGGCUGUGCCGGGGCUGCCCGGCGGGAGGAAGCGUCUGGGUGGCAGUGCUAAGCCCGGUGCAUGCAGAAUGAGCCUGGCCGUGCCGCUUGCUAUUCCGAGAGGCGCUCGGGGGAAGAAGCUGGUAUUUCCUGAGCCGUCCGGCGAGGUGUAAUUAUAACCUGGGAGAAGAAAGGGGCUGCAGAGGAGAGCGCCCAGCCUCCCUGGCGCCCGUGGGGGAGCGGGCAGGGGGAGUGGGGCAGCUCCUGCCUGCUGCUGGUGGGAGGCAGCGAAGCCUGUGCCUGUGGGCAGCCCAGCAGUGCUGGUGGGCAUCAGGGAGGUGAUGGAGCACCGGGGACCUGGUGGUCCCCCUCCAGCCCGGCACUGGGAGUGGUGGGCUUGGCAAUGCCUGCCCAUGGUGGCGGGAAGGCGCAGAGUUAACGGUGGUGUUUGGACGUGCUGGCAGCCAUGUUCAUGCCUGGAUCUGGCCCAAGCAGAGGCCUAGUGGAGGGGAUAAAUCAUCACCCAGCGCCCGCCCUGUGCUUCCCUCUCUUCCCCCCUGCACAGCUGAGCCUCCCUGCUCUGGUCCUCGCUGGCCUGUGCCCUGCCUCAGUUUCCCCACCAGGCUGGGUGUCGCAGGCAGGGUGGCCCAGCCUUGUGCCCCCUACCCUAGGCCAGCCUUAGGGGCUUGGCCCCCCCUCCCCAGCAGUGCUGGCAGCCAGUGCGUGGCCUGGGAUGACCCCGCCAGGUCUCCUCUGUGGCCUGAAUGGGCAGGGACAGGCAGGGCAGCAGCUCAGGAGUCCGGAGGUGCUGACGCCCACACCCUGCUGUGACAUCCUUCCCUUGCGUGCUGUGGGGGCUGCUGUCCCCGUCAUCUCCGUGCUCCAGCAGUGCCACAGGAAGGCUUGCCUGGUCCCCAGGGCCACUGAUCCCCUAGAAGAAAGAUGGGCAUGUCCCCUUUUAACCCCACAGGGAUCCAGUGACAGGGCACCAGCAUCCUCCCUGGGGUUGGGGACCGCGCUGCAUCCCAGCCAGCCAUCACCCUGGGCUGGGUGGCAUCAUCCCUUGGCCAGAGAUGGCCCCAGUAUGGAGCACCCCAGCCAGCCGGACAGGACCCCAGACCCUCAGGGUGGUGGGUGACCCUGCCCAGCUGCCAGCCUGCCCCAGAAAGCCACCCUGUGCCGUUUCCCAGCGGGGCGGGGAGGGCUGGGGCUUGCACAGAGGCAGCUUUGUGUGGUGUGCCAAGGCGUCCCGCGCUCGGCAGCCUGGCUGCCUUCCCCUGCCAAGGAGCUGUCUCCUGGCCCCGCGCUCUUUCCUGCUCCGUUUGUCCAGCCCUGACGUGCCCCCAAGACCCCUGCCUUGGCACCUUGGCAGCACUGGCCCUGGGCGGCGGGAUGCGGAGCCCAAGGAGAGCCUGCAGUGAGCCCAGCCACCUCGUCGCCAUGGAUGCCACAGAUGUGCCCCUCCAGGCUGAGAUGGUGGAGCUGGUGCCCAAUGGGAAGCACACGACUGCGCUCACCGCCUCCACUGUCCCCUCGCUGGCAGGCGACAGGUUUGAGGAGAACCAGUCCAGUGCAGCAGAGAUGGAGGAGUUCCUGCCCCACGGCACUGACAAGAAGCAGACGCACUUCACCGAUUUCGAAGGGAAGACAUCUUUCGGGAUGUCUGUCUUCAACCUGAGCAACGCCAUCAUGGGCAGCGGCAUCCUGGGACUGGCCUACGCCAUGGCCAACACCGGCAUCAUCCUCUUCCUCUUCCUCCUGACGGCAGUGGCCCUGCUCUCCAGCUACUCCAUCCACCUGCUGCUCAAGUCCUCGGGCAUCGUGGGCAUCCGUGCCUAUGAGCAGCUGGGCUACCGAGCCUUUGGCACGCCAGGGAAGCUGGCUGCAGCCAUCGCCAUCACGCUGCAGAACAUCGGAGCCAUGUCCAGCUACCUAUACAUCGUCAAAUCCGAAGUGCCUCUUGUCAUCCAGACCUUCCUCAACCUGGAGGAGAAGACCACGGACUGGUACAUGAACGGGAACUACCUGGUGAUCCUGGUUUCUGUCACCAUUAUCCUGCCCCUGGCUCUCAUGAAGCAGCUCGGCUACCUUGGCUACGCUAGCGGCUUCUCCCUCAGCUGUAUGGUCUUCUUCCUCAUCUCGGUCAUCUACAAGAAGUUCCAGAUCCCCUGUCCACUCCCUGAGCAGGAGGGGAACCUCACGGGCAGCCUCAAUGCCACUGCCAUCAGCACCAGCGACUACCAGAACGGCUACACUGUCCUCCAGGCCCCUGAGCAGGGCACUUGCAACCCCAGCUUCUUCACCCUGAACUCCCAGACAGCAUACACCAUCCCCAUCAUGGCCUUUGCCUUUGUCUGCCACCCUGAGGUCCUGCCCAUCUACACAGAGCUGAAGGAUCCCUCCAAGAAGAAAAUGCAGUGCAUCUCCAACAUCUCCAUCAUGGUCAUGUACCUCAUGUACUUCUUGGCUGCCCUUUUUGGAUACCUCACGUUCUAUGGCCGGGUGGAGUCAGAGCUGCUGCACACGUACAACAAGGUGGACCCCUUCGAUGUGCUCAUCCUGUGUGUGCGGGUGGCCGUGCUGACGGCUGUCACCCUCACCGUCCCCAUUGUCCUCUUCCCGGUGCGCCGGGCCAUCCAGCAGAUGCUGUUCCAAGGGAAAGACUUUAGCUGGAUCCGCCAUGUCACCAUCGCCGUGGUCCUGCUGACCUUCAUCAACCUCUUGGUCAUCUUUGCCCCCUCCAUCCUUGGCAUCUUUGGCAUGAUUGGUGCCACCUCUGCUCCCUGCCUCAUCUUCAUCUUCCCCGCCAUCUUCUACAUCCGCAUCAUGCCCAAGGACAAGGAGCCGCUGCGCUCCACCCCCAAAAUCUUGGCUGCCUGCUUUGCCCUCCUUGGGGUGAUCUUCAUGAUCAUGAGUUUGAGCUUCAUCAUCAUCGACUGGGCCACAGGGGGAGGGAAGAGCGGCGGCAGCCACUAGCCAGCACCGGGUGCCCAUGCCAACCUCCCCCCCACCUACCGGUGCCCCAGGGAGAGCCGGCCCUGGGCUCAGCUCCCACACCAUGGCCCCACCAGGCUUCUCUGGGGACCUUCCGCCAUCGCUGCCAUCACCCGUGGUGGUGGUGGUGAGGGGGCAUGAGCCAUGGCAGGCACGGGGACCCCCAGACCUGUGCUCGGGGUGGGGCAGCAAGCCCAGGGCAGGUGCUGUGCCCCCCACCCCCGCUCCAGCAGGUACCCUUCCUGCUUCGCGCCUCAGUUUCCCCAUCUGUAAAAUGGGGAGAAUAACACUGCCCUACCUCACCAGGAGCUGGCUGUCAGGUGGAGCUCAUCUCUGUGCACCCAGAGCCACCAGCAACAGGCACUGCCAAGGGUGCGGGCCACUGCCCACCACAGGGGCUGAGGACUGGGGCAGUAUCCUGGGCCCCUCCAGGGGCUGGAGUUCAGUGGGGACCCAUGCCAGGACCCAUCCCCAAGCCACCCAUCCUCUCCUCCUGCCAUGCCCUGCUCCCCAGAGAGAUGCCACCCCAGCAUCACGGGGGCACCCCAGUCCCCACUGGCAAGUGUGGUCCUGCUGCCAUGGUUGGUGGUACCCAGCCUACUGCUUUUGAGCCUGCUUGGGGAACAGUUGGCUCCUGGUGCCUGUGGAUGGGACCCUGGUGACCCCCAGGCCAUACUUGGGGACAGGCUGCACCACCGUGGGGAGGUGGCACGCCUGCAGGGGCUUGGUGCCCGCUGGCAUCCUGCCCAUGCUUUGGUUUGGCUGCCCAGGACCUGGCGCUGCCGAGGGGUGCAGGUCAGGAGUGCAGGGGGGGGGGGGGAUGCUGGGGGCAGCGCUCAUCGGCGUCCAACUCAAGGCUCUGGAGCCACCCCCCUACCCGUGUGCCCAGAUGCCAGGGUGAUGGGCAGACCCCAGUUCAAGCUGGCCCUGCUUGCCUGGCACCUGAGGCCAGCACCCAGACUCCACAGCCCUCUCCUAACCGCCCAUCCAUCCAUCCUGCUGCGAUGCCCCACGCCACGCCAAAACCCAGAGAGUGGCUCUCCCACCCCCCAGCUCCCCUCCCAGUGUGGGGGGGCAGCCUGGCAGGGUGGGAGCAUGGGGGGGGGGGGGGUGGUGGUGCUGCCUUGCAGCAAAGUACAUAAAAGACGUAUUUUUUUACUGGGGUGGUGGAGGCUGGGAUGCUUUUUAUAAAUACUGUAUAUAAGAGUAGAUCUUUUUUAACGUGUUGUGUUGCUCUGGGUAGCUCUGUAUAAUGUACAUAUCUAUAUGGGGCGGGGGGGGGUGUGACCCGCUGCCACUGAAGGGAACUGCUGUGGACCCUCACCGUGGCAGCAGCCCCUGGCACCCCUGUCUCAGCCUGGCCACCCCUGUGCUGUGCCAGGGGGGUGACGCUUUUAAAUUAUCCGUGGGGUGGAUGUCCGUGCUGGCCAGGAGGCCGGCCGGCAACAUCUCUGGCAGCGAGAAUAAAGAUGUGAACGUG